AAUGAUAAAUCCGCGAUCACACUGGCUUACAGUUGCAACAAAGGGACGCGUUAAAUAAAUAAAUAAUUGAUUGUUUUGAACACAGGACGAAUACCACGUGCAUCAGCAGGACGAACAGGACGCGGAAGAAGCGAACCCAAUGCGCAUGCAGGCUGUGGGCCAGUGGAGAGCUGUCGCAGAACAGCAGCAAGCGGAGCAAGCCGAACAUUCGGCGUCACAGUGGGCCCUCUGACUCUGGUAGCGGGGGCUGGGCUGGCUGUGCUGCUGGGAUGCGGUCACUAGCAUACGAUGUGGCCAGCCGCACUUACACGCCUGCUGAGACGACGCAUCAUCUACAUAAUCCUUGUGCUACUCCUGCUCAUUUGCAUUAUCUGGGGCAACCUCUUGGAUCGGCAGGGCGCCUUCAGUGGUCUGCACUAUGACGACUUUGAGGUGCAGCGCACGCGGCCGCUCCUCUGGACGCAGCAGCUGCUGGCGCCGGAGCAGCACAUCAAUCGGACGCGGGAUCCGGAGCUGCGCUGCCGCAACUCGGUGCAGGGCCGCCAGCUGCUCACCGACGAGCGCGGCUUUGUGUGCCUGCGCGAGCAGAUGCUGCCCAGCGGCUGCUGCAACCUGGAGAUGCUCGGCAUCGGCUACUACAGCUGCCGCAGCUGCAACGCCACAACCAACUGCUGCCGCCUGUACGAGUACUGCGUGUCCUGCUGCCUGCAUCCCGACAAGCAGCCGCUGCUCGAGCAGGUGCUGCAGUCCGCGCACACACCCAAAUACAUCUACGCCAGCGUCGCGGAUCACUUUGAGCUGUGCCUGGUCAAGUGUCGCACCAACUCGCACUCCGUGGAGCACGAGAACAAAUAUCGCGACGCGCUGGCCAAGCACUGCUACGGCCUCACCGAGGCGCACGAGUCGCAGCGUGACGUGGCGCCCCAGGCCCCAGUCCACAGCUAGCUGACACAGCUCUCUACCCAUGUCCUGCCCCCUAGGCUAAGCCGUUGCCUCCCCUUGAGAUUGCUUGCACAACAAAGACGUUCAACUGUGCACUCCUUAGCUUUACCUUCAACUAAAACUACGACUAGAACUGCAACUAGAACUAGAUUAAGUGGCAGACCAGAGGGACUGCCCCAAAGCGGACCCGUUCCGCCCGCAGAUGGAACCAAAUGCAAUGCAAUUGUGGGACACCAUCUACAUCGUAGUAGAGCUUAUUUUUUUGUGUAUUCCUAGCUCCCUCGGGAGGCGUAACUUUAGUAAUUUAUUGACGUGUAUUUUGAUUUCUUUUUAGAGGAUUGUUUGAGCCAUUAAAUGUGAACCGUUGAAGUGCCUAA